CAUUAUUCACAAGUCUAUGCCUUUUAUAAAUUCAUAACUAUUCAUGCACCCUAUUAAAUUGUCAUGAAAGUAUUAUUUGUAUCCCAGAACCACUGUAAUACAUGUAAAAAUUAUUAUUAUUAUUUUUUUAAAUUGUCAGAUUUAAAACUGGUCAGAUUAACACGAUCAGGAAUGUGGCUCAGAGAUAUGUGAACUUUUAAAUGUUAGAUGUUAGAUGUUAAUGAAUAAAUGUAGUUUAAUAAUUAGUUUAUAUCAUGUAUAAUGAGAUCAUGAGUCUCAUGAUACACUGCAGUGGUCUGAAUUGUGGACACAACACUCACUUAUUUAUCAGCUCAGUCCUGGAAGUUAAUGGGCGAAGAUGGGGAAGAAGCGACCGAGGCAGGACACACACACUGUCUUACUCUCUCUCUACACACUUUCUCUUCUCUUCUGCGCCCUAGUCUGUUCUUUUGUUCUCUGUUGUCUUGUUUAAAUGCAGAUGCUGACAAGUAAAAUGACCGUCAUCUUCUUAAAACAUUCAAGUUGUUUUGCUAAGUAAUCCUUAAAACCUGGUAGAUUUCUAGAAGUGCAUGCCUUACUGUACUCUGUGUGUUCAAAUAAAAACUGUAUUUUAGAGUUUGCUAAUAUAACAGGUUUGUUUGAACAAGGAAAGUAAACUGAGUGGUGCAAUGAUGCCCCAGGUUCAGAACUGGAAAAUGCUGAUGUGAGCUCAACAUUCAAGUAAUCAAUAUGUGCUAAUGUCCACUGCUUAGUCUCUGUUUGAAAGCAGUUAAUAAUUAGGAAGGCUUUAGCAUAAAAUAAAUCAAUAAAAAUGGGCAAAGUUUGGUGUCUAUGCACGUAUAAGAACAGUGCUUACACAUGUUCGACAGAGCUCCGAGACUGUGCAGAAGAUGGCUGGAAGUGCCAUGGCUCGAAGUGUCCUGUGUUUGUGGUGUUGCUUUUCCUUGGUGUUCGUGUACACCAGUGUACACGGAAGUCCAGAACAACAUUCCGACUCUGAUGACCAUGAAAACAAAAUACAAGCACUGAACAAGCUGAACAGUGAUUUUGCUUUCCGCCUGUACAAAAGCAUUGUGUCUGGUGCUCAGUCCCAGAACGUGUUCUUCUCUCCACUGAGUGUGUCCACAGCACUGGCUGCACUGUCUUUAGGAGCAGGUGGAGAGACUCAUCAACAGCUUCUCAGUGGCCUCGGAUUCAGCAAUUCUGUCUUCACCAAUGAGGAGAUUCACCAAGCCUUCCUCGAUCUCCUCGAAAACCUCAAUCACAGGACAGGGGUAGAUCUGAAUGUGGGCACUGCUGUCUACGUCAACGACACCUUUAAACCUCAUCCGGAAUUUCUGGAGAAACUUAAGCGUUUCUAUCUUUCCGAUGGCUUCUCUGUCGAUUUUACGAAGACCACAGAGACCUCUAAUCAAAUCAACAAAUAUGUCAGUGAAAAGACACACGGCAAAAUCAGCAAGUUUAUUGAAAAACUGGAUCCAAGCACCGUCAUGUAUCUGCUCAGCUAUAUAUAUUUUAAGGGUAAAUGGUCCGUCCCAUUUAAACCCAAACAUACUAGAGAAGCUCAAUUCCAUGUGGAUGAAGAAACAACCGUUCCAGUUCAGAUGAUGUUUGUGAAGGAUGACUUUUACAGCUAUUAUGAUCAUCAACUGUCUGUCAGAGUCCUUCGUUUGAAUUACAACGAUUCAUUCUCCAUGAUUCUGGCUCUGCCUGAUAAAAAAAUUAAUAUUACACUUUUGGAAGAGGCUUUGUGUCCACACCACAUAACCAAGUGGCAAAAAUGGAUGUCAGAACGUAAUUAUGGCAUCUACCUCCCUAAACUGUCCCUAAAAACAUCAUAUUCCCUGAACAGCAUUCUGUCUGAAAUGGGAUUUAAGGAUAUGUUUACAGCUAAAGCUAACUUCUCUGGGAUUUCUGACCAAAACUUGUUAGUUUCUGAGGCUGCACACAAAGCCACUCUAGAUGUGGAUGAAGCCGGAGCCGAAGCAACAGCAGUGACUGGAAUAGGCAUCACGCUCCUUUCUGCAAGAAUAAGUGAAACGCUUGAAUUUAAUCGGCCAUUUCUGAUCUUUAUCGUUGACCAAAAAACAAACAAUGUCCUAUUUAUAGGGAAAAUUGUCAAUCCAGCGAAUUCUGAGGUCCGUCAGUAAUAAACAAAAAUGUGUCUCUGCAGUUAGGUUUCUUAUAUAGCGUACAGGGUUGUAGUGAUCGAAGAGGGGGUAGGGAUGGGAUGAGAUGGUGUGUGUUGGGGGACCUGACUGCAAAAAUAUGAACAACCAGCAUUUUUAAUUGGUUUAAUAAAAAUCUAUAUUGCAAGCACAUUUAGUCAUAUUGUGUGCUGAACGUCACCUACUCAAUAUAAAUUUCUUUUUCAUAGAACUGUUGUAUAAAAGCAAUAUCGCACUCGCAGUCAUGUGGUUCUACUGAAUAUCGGCACGGCUAUGAUUAGCUAUGACCUCGUGUCUGUGGCGAAUCACAGCCGUACCGAUAUUCGGUACAUCAUGCAAUAUUGCUUACAUAACAGCACAUCAUGAAGUGUUUUAUUCUUCACAGAACACAUACUAAACCGAUCAUGCCAAUCCUGAUCAAAUUCAGGGCCUUUGUAGCUAGUGAGUGUUCGUGAACAGGAGGAGAAAAGUGUGCUGAAUAGAGAGUGUCUGUACAACAAACAUCCUGUGUACAGGGGAUUCAAGUUAUUCUAGAAAAAAAACAAAACAAAAAAAAAAAACACCAAUCUAAAAAUCUCAAAUAUAAUCUACAACAUGUCCUGUACAUUUAAAAACAACAUUAUAACAUGUUCAUUUAGUAGAUCAGACCAGGAUCUGGUUUAAGAUUCUUACUCCUAAGCAAGUUGGAAGUGGUUUGUUCCUUUUGGUCAGCAGAUGGCAGUAGUGAGUUUACAUUUAAAAAAUAAAUAAAUAAAAAUGAUUACAUCA